GUUAAAUCCACACCAGUCGGUCGGCACACCGGAGAGGCGCCCCAUACCAGUGAGUGUGGCAAAGUCAGAGAAUGGCCUCUGUAGAGUUAGAUCCACUCUUUGUGAAGGCCUUGCAUCUCCUCCACUCCAAGGCCAAAGAUUCUACAGAACAACUUAGGCAAAUGGUUGAUGAUGUUCUCAUGAAGAAACGGCCUGCCAAAGAAGUAGAUGAGGGUGUAAAGAAAGAAAAGGGUUUAUCAGUGAAGUCCAUAAAGAGAGACUCCCCAUCACUUCCCACCCAAUCCAGUAAGAAGCAGGAGCCAGAAAAGAGGACAGUAGACAAGAUCAAACAAGAAGGAGUUGAUGUAUCAGAGGAACCUGCCAAGAAGGUGCCAAAACUGGAGAGCAAAAGUAGAACCGAGUCACCUAAAACAACAUCAAGAGCUGAAACUGAGAAGGAAAGAGAGACUGAGAAAGAAAAAGAAAAACAAAGAGACAAAGUCAAAGAAAAGGAAAGAGAAAAGGCUAGACUGAUGGAAAAAGAGAAGGAAAAGGAGAGAGAACGAAGCAAGAAUGAGAGAUCAGUUUAUGAUGAAGAGACCGAUAGCGAAGGCAGCAUGGAUGCUGGGGACUUUGCUAUAGACAUGGGAAUUGCCUGCAUAGUUUGUGGCAAUUUUGAUGUGAGUAGCCUUAAUCAGUUGUUGGAGUGCCAAGAAUGUCACAGCCUGUACCAUCAAGAAUGCCACAGACCUGCAGUAACUGAACAAGAAGUGAAUGACCCACGUUUUGUCUGGUACUGCUCAAAAUGUUCCAGAAAUCUCAAGAAAAUGGUAUCCAAACCUCAGAAGUCUCGCCCUGCACCCACUGCUGUAAGCAGCAGCUUAAAAGACAGCAGUAAUGGAGGGAAGAACACAAAGGCAGAAGCACCAGCCAUGCUACCAUUUAAAAGAUUGGAACCUGUAAAGCCUUCAGCAACAAAAGAGUCGCCUACAGCUAGCCAGAGCAGCAAACCACUCAUGGGUUUAGCAAGUCUAGCUGCUAACUUGUCUUCAAAAGUGGGACAGAAGUCGGACAGUUCAAAGGUAACCAGUUCAUCGAACAAGGAAUCUUCUAAACUGUCCAGCUCGUCAAGCAAGGAGUCUUCUAAGUUGUCAAGUUCUUCUGGCAAGGAGUCUUCUAAAUUGUCAAGCUCCUCAAGCAAGGAGUCUUCUAAACUGUCCUCGUCCAGCAAGGAGAAGUCCUCAUUAUCUAGUACUAAGGACUCCUCCAAAGGUUCUUCUUCAAGUAAGGAGUUGUCUAAGCUGUCGUCAUCUAGUGGAAGUAAACCCCUGUCAGCGGCAGCUCUCGCGGCAGCAGCAGCUGCAGCAGCAGCAGCAAAGGCCUCCAGUGGUAGCAGAGAUAGAGCAAACUCUGCCUCAGCACCAUCAUCAUCCUCAUCAUCAACAUCAGCCUCGUCAUCUUCUGGUGCGUCUGCUGCCAUGAGUGCUGACAAGAGACUGCAGAUGAUGAAGAAGAAAGCUGCAGCCAAAAUGAAUGAAAAGAGAGCUUCCCUUAGAUAGGGCUUUCUGUUCUAACAAUAGCAGACUUAAAAUUCCAUUCUGUUUUGAAUAUUGCACGUUGCAAAAUUUGGUCAUUUCCACAUUUUAAUGAAAAUUCUCAGAAGAUAUAUUUCAUUGUGUAAAAUGCAUAUGGUGCAUUUUUAGCAUUAUUAUUAUUUGACAUUGAACUGUUGCCUGGUUCCAUUCAAUGAUGUAUUUUCUUUCAGUUAUUUAUACUUAUUGUGAAAGGAAGACAGACUUAUCAUUUUAUUGUGAUGAUCAUGGCAAACUCUUGUUACUAUUAUAGCAAUAUUUUUAUGUACUUAGUAGACUGACUUUCAGUGUCAAUAUGACAGACACUGUUAAUCCAGAAAUGAAGUACAUAGCUACAUUAGCACUCACAAAUAGCUCACAGAAAACCUUUCUUGAAUUGAGGGGACCACCACCACUUAUUACUGUAUUGCAACAAAGGAAUAACUAAAAAAGUGUUUUGUCAUUAACUUUAAAAAUGUCAAUUUAUCAUCAUUGUAUUAUCAGAGUUUUUCUUGUCUAAUAUGUUUAUACAACAAAUUAUUAGAAAAGUAAUAUUUAUUUAAAAACAGUAAAAUUUUACUUGAAUAUUGAGCAUUAUAUUUUACCUUAAUAAAAUGUUGUUGUAAGUGCUUUUUCAUGACAUAAAUGUGUGACUUCAGACAAGUAAUACUUUUCACUACUUCAGCAAGUGAACUUGUUUAUACAACAAAUUAUUAGAAAAGUAACAUUUAUUUAAAAACAGUAAAAUUUUGUUACUUAACUAUUGAACAUUAUAUUUUACCUUAAUAAAAUGUUGUUGUAAGUGUUUUUUUCAUGA